GCCCCGUCCACCCCCGUCCCCGCGGCGGCGCGCGCGGCCCGCUGGGCGGGGUUCCGGGGAUGAGGCGGCGGCGGCGGCGGUGCGCGGAGAAUAUGCUCGGCAGCUGAGGAGACGCGGCGCCCGGAGCGCGGCGCGACCCACGGGAUGGCUCAGCCGGCCGGCCCGGAGGGCGGCGAGGGGCCUCCGGACCCCGGGGCGGCCGCGGGCCCGCAGCACGCGCUGAGCCUGGAGGAAAUCCUGCGGCUCUACAAUCAGCCCAUCAACGAGGAGCAGGCGUGGGCUGUGUGCUACCAGUGCUGCGGCUCCCUGCGCGCCGCGGACGCCGGCCGCCGCCAGCCCCGCCGCCGGGUGCGCUCGGCCGCGCAGAUCCGCGUGUGGAGGGACGGCGCCGUCACCCUGGCGCCCGCCGCCGGCGACGCGGGAGAGCCGGACGCCGCCGCGGGUAAAUUGGAAUAUUCACAUUGUACAGAAACAGAGGUUAUUGAAUCUUUGGGAAUUAUUAUUUAUAAGGCACUGGACUAUGGCUUGAAGGAGAAUGAAGAAAGGGAAUUAAGCCCUCCCCUGGAGCAGCUCAUCGAUCGCAUGGCCAACACGGUAGAGGCUGAUGGCAGCAAUGAUGAAGGCUAUGAGGCUGCCGAUGAAUGUCUGGAGGAGGAGGAAGAUGAGAAGAGAAAAAUCUCAGCAAUCCGGUCCUACAGAGAUGUCAUGAAGUUAUGUGCUGCUCAUCUCCCAACUGCAUCAGAGGCACCAAAUCAUUAUCAGGCAGUGUGUCGUGCACUGUUUGCAGAGACAAUGGAGCUGUAUACAUUUCUGACUAAAAUUAAGAGUGCAAAGGAGAAUCUGAAGAAGAUUCAAGAAAUGGAGAAGAGUAACGAAUCUAACACAGACCUGGAGGAGCUGAAAAACGCUGACUGGGCUCGAUUCUGGGUGCAGGUGAUGAGGGAUUUGCGGAAUGGAGUAAAACUCAAGAAGGUCCAAGAGCGGCAGUACAACCCUCUGCCCAUUGAAUAUCAGCUCACCCCUUAUGAGAUGCUAAUGGAUGACAUUCGAUCCAAAAGAUACACUUUGCGAAAAGUGAUGGUGAAUGGUGAUAUUCCCCCUCGGUUAAAAAAAAGUGCUCAUGAAAUCAUCCUGGACUUCAUCAGAUCAAGACCUCCUUUAAAUCCAGCCUCAGCCAGAAAACUGAAGCCUACUCCACCGCGGCCACGGAGCCUCCAUGAAAGGAUCCUGGAAGAAAUCAAAGCAGAAAGAAAGCUGCGGCCCGUGUCACCAGAGGAAACCAGACGCGGCAGGUUAGAGGUAGCUACCCCUGAAUCUCCAAAGAAUGUCCUGGAAUCAUCGAUGGUGAAUGGAGGUUUAACGUCACAAUCAAAAGAAAAUGGGGCAAGUGCCGUACAGCAGGUGCCUGUGCAGCGGAAGAAACUCCUCAAAGCCCCAACUCUGGCCGAGCUGGACAGCUCUGACUCGGAGGAAGAAACUCUGCCCAGGUCAGCCAGCAGCAGUGCACCUUCCUCAUUCCUUGAAGCUCCCUUUCUGGAGGCUGUGUCUACAAGGAAGAACCCUCCGAAGUUCUUGCCCAUAUCCUCCACACCCCAGCCAGAACGACGGCAGCCACCCCAGAGACGACAUUCCAUUGAAAAGGAAACACCCACUAACGUGAGACAGUUCCUGCCAGCGUCCAGGCAGAGCUCCCGGUCUCUCGUUCCUAGGAUAACCAGAGUAUGGCCAACGACACCUUUCCGACCGCUUUUUUCUACCCUUCAAACAGCUUCUCUGCUCGGCUCUCACCCUUUGGAGGCAGCCUUGUUGGGGGUAGCAGGGGCUAUGUAUUAUCUGUGUGAGAGAGCUUUUACCAGCAGGUGGAAAUCCGCAAAGGAGGAAUUCUGCUACCCAGUGGAAUGCCUAGCACUUACUGUGGAGGAGGUGAUGCAUAUUCGUCAGGUCCUGGUGAAGGCAGAGCUGGAAAAAUACCAACAGUAUAAAGAUGUCUACACUGCUCUGAAAAAAGGAAAGCUCUGCUUUUGUUGCCGAACCAGGAGAUUUUCCUUCUUCACUUGGUCUUAUACCUGUCAGUUCUGUAAGAGGCCGGUGUGCUCACAGUGUUGCAAAAAGAUGCGGCUGCCCUCCAAGCCAUACUCCACCCUUCCUAUCUUUUCAUUGGGACCUUCUGCCUUGCAGAGAGGGGAAAGUUGUAUGAGGCCAGAAAAACCCUCCACUGGCCACCAUCGGCCACUUCGGAGCAUUGCCAGAUUGUCCUCAAAAUCCAAGUCUGUGGACAAAUCAGAUGAAGAACUCCAAUUUCCCAAAGAGUUGAUGGAGGACUGGAGCACCAUGGAGGUGUGUGUAGACUGCAAAAAGUUCAUUUCAGAAAUCAUCAACUCAAGCCGGCAUAGCCUGGUGCUGGCCAACAAAAGAGCCAGAUUGAAAAGGAAAACGCAGUCUUUCUACGUGUCCUCGGCAGGCCCUUCGGAGUACUGCCCUUCAGAGAGGACCAUCAGUGAGGUCUGAGCCCCGUGCAUUUGUGUGCAGAGUCGCAUUCGUGAGAGAACACUGAGCGGGGCUGUCUUCUCGCCGCAGUUAACUGGUUCGGGUUUGCAUGAGAUCAGGGUUUUGCUGCAUCACACUGUUCCACAGACUGAACACUGUGUUCAUAUCAGCCAGUCCCUUGUCUGCACUGAGAGAGGACAGUAGUUUGAAACUUGCUUCUGUGUGUGUGGUGAUUUGGAGGCCAGAAACUUUUUCCUUAGUUCAGUUCUUUACUGUCCCUCAAAUACUUUUCUGACUGAGGCAGCUUCUGGUGUGAGAAAUCGGUCUAACACAGGCGUCAAAGUCAGCACAGUCUAAGAAGUAAGUCAUAUUGGCAUUUCCACCCGACAGUGUUCCUGCCUGAUGCACACAGAUCCCUGGAGGCUGGGCCAGGCUGUUACCAUCUCACAGCACAGAACCUACAAGGAUUUGCUCAUGCUCUCAAACUGGUUUUAAAUUAAAUUAUUGUUGCUCUGAGAUAAAGACUCGGGAGGGGCUUUACUCUGCGCUCCAGUACAAAGCAUCUGAAUAAGCUGUACGCUCAAGUGGGCGCCCAUGUCCCCCAUGCUGUGUCUGUGCCCGGGCAGUGGGGCGGUGUCUCUUGAGGCAGGUGCAGGGCUUUCCUUAUCUUGAAUGUAUUAUGGUUACUAGUGGUUUUAUAUUGGAGGUCUAAGAUUUAAAGUUUUGUGGCAUUUGGGGACAAGGGCAGGCUAGAAGUUUGUCCAAAAGUUGAGUAUUUUGGCCAAUAGGAGAAGGGAUGUGAGUGCGUCGGCCACGCCGCAGGGAACGAGCUGGAGCGCUCACAUUUCCAACCGCGGUUUUCAUAACUUUAGUCUCGCCAUCACGACUAAAUUAAGCCACAAUUUGGUAUCUGAGGUCUCAAACUGAAAUUUAUUUUUAUAAAUGAAUUUUAAAAGCAAAAACAUGGUCUAGUUCAUUUAAAAUUAACCUGCUGAUAGGCUUUGUGGAUGCUUUUUGCACACGUUCUCCUUGUAAGUGACUUGAGUAGGACGGGUUUUGAUGAAGCCAGGUUGAGGCGGCACUAUACACUGUCAUUUCUCGACUUGUGUGGCCCAUUCCGUGGCCAUCUUUAUGAUUUUGGUUCACUUGGCAGACCAGCCAGUCAAGUUGCCAGUCAUGUUUGGAAGCUCGGUUAAUGCACAUGCACAGCAGUUUCCUGAACACACCUGUAGUCAGCACCGCUCACCAAAAGGCAGGGCAGUCACACUUCACACCACCUCACAAUACAGGAAUAUUUCUAUAGCGAAUUAACAGUAAUACCUCAGAACUGCCCUGGUAGUGGUUUUACGUGACUGAAAUUUAUAAAUUAGUAAAUGGCUUAAAAUUACUUACACUUACAAAAUAAACUUUACCAAUUGACUGAAGUAAUGCAUGUUAACAGUUUGUCUGUAUUUGCAUGUAAAAGUGGGCCACCAGAGAACCCUUACUGAUUAUGGAAACGUUUAAAGUUUUAAAGACUCUCACGUAAGAGCUUUAACAUUAUAUUGAGUGAAUCUCAUUUAUAAAAUUUUGGUGUGGGCUUCCCUGGUGGUGCAGUGGUUGAGUCCGCCUGCCGAUGCAGGGCACACAGGUUCAUGCCCCGGUCUGGGAAGAUCCCACAUGCCACGGAGCGGCUGGGCCCGUGAGCCAUGGCCGCUGAGCCUGCGCGUCCAGAGCCUGUGCUCCGCAGCGGGAGAGGCGAUGGCAGUGAGAGGCCCGCAUACCGCAAAAAAAAAAAAAAAAAAAAAAAAAAAAUUUUGGUGUGAGCAGCUUCUAAACAAACAACCACCAGGAAGGGUGCAAGGGAGAUGGGGUGGUGUUUGUAUCCAUGCACAGACCAGACCUAGGAGAGUGUGCUUUUUAAAAUAAUGACUUGGGCUUCCCUGGUGGCACAGUGGUUGAGAGUCCGCCUGCCGAUGUAGGGGACACAGGUUCGUGCCCCGGUCCGGGAAGAUCCCACAUGCCGCGGAGCAGCUGGGCCCAUGAGCCAUGGCCGCGGAGCCUGCGCGUCUGGAGCCUGUGCUCCGCAACGGGAGAGGCCACAACAGUGAGAGGCCCGCGUACCGCAAAAAAAAUAAAAUAAAAAUAAAAUAACUAGUUUUUUACAGGUGUUAUUAAAACACAAGAAACUAAACCCCCUAAAUGAGAAUCCCGUCCACAUUCACAAGGCACAUAAAAUCUAGCACAUCUAGUCUUUGACUUCACUUCUCCAGGUUUGUGACACUGUGCAGGUUGUCUGGGCAUUGUGGGCACCUCUUAGCAGAGCGUCCACAGCACUAACAGGCUUUGCCAAGUGUAUUGAAGAGGUCAAGUGGGUGGUAGGUCUCCGUGGGACAGUUUGCAGAAAGUACAGUAGAAAAGGGCACAUGGCACAGCUAAUAUUGUAGAAAUCAAAUCAGCAUCACUAUCUGGUGCCAAAACAAAUUCUUGCAUUUACCCCCUUCCUCAUCCAUGGCAUGUAUCCCCAGCACCUCAACCAAAUCGGGUAACUUCCAGAGGGUCAUUCACUGCCAGCCUGUGGGGCGUGGUUUCAGUCCUCAGCCUCCUUUGACCUGAGGCCUAGCUUCCUCCCUCCCUUCCUACUGGGAUAACACACCUUCCCAGGCCUCCUCUUUGUCCUGGUUGUUGGCACUUACUUCUGGUCUGACAACAACAGCAUCAUUGGCUGGCUGGUCUCCUGGAGCCUGAUGUAUCCCAGUGGGGGGCUUCACUUUCACCCUCUCCCUCCAGGCUCACACCCUCCCUUGCAUCCCCUGCCUCAUGAGCUCACCCUUCUCACAGCUGAACUUUCUGUCAGUUUAGGAUAGAUAAGAAAGCUUGUAAAUACUGUAAUAUAGUAAUUAAUAUUUGAAAGGCGUUCAUUCAGUGGACAAUGAGAAUUAACUCUCCCAAGGCAAGUAAAAGUUAAAUCAAGUAAUUGAUUUGUACAUCGACUUAACAGUCUUACUAGAUUUCAAGUCUUAGGCCUUUCAAAUUAAACCAGAAAGUUGUUAUGUAGGAGUUUUUAAAAUGAUCUUACAUAUGAUGAGAUCCCAUGAACUCAUAAACUCAUGUCAUGUGAUUAGCACCGUGAGCUCAUACCAUGAAUUUUUAAGGCUUUUAUUUUUCUAACUGUAUUAAUAAAUGUUGGACUGAUUUUAGGUGUCACAUAGGAGACAUGAAAGUUUUAAAUUAUGUUGCUGUUUGCUAAAGCAAAAUAGCAGACAAUUUUGUACAUGCAAAACUGCUGAAGGGCCGUGGGGAAAUGUGUACACGUUGACCUGGCUUCCUGUGUGUAAAAGUCAAGGUACUGCUGGCAUUCAGUGUGACAUGACAGUACUAAACGUUUUCCAUUAAAGUCUUUUAAAAUUUAUCGAGGGGAAAAUAAAUGACUUUACAUCAUA